UUCACUCUGCUUCAAUUUCCCUCUCCUGCCACUUGUUGCCUUGCGUUGUUUUUGUUGUUUUCCAUUAUACAUUGUGGCUUAUGGCGUGGAAACCUUUGCAAAGCUUCCAGUGCGGGUAAUGCUUGAAUCUUUCAUUAUCGUUCUUUGCACAUGUAUUUCCAAUAUCCUCCAUGCGGUGAGAAGAGUAUUUGUGGCUGAGUUAGCUGGUGUAGCUAAUAUAGGCCGAGGGCCCUCUUGUCAAGAGGUGUUCAUGGAGGAUUUGAGCUCGAAACAAGUGGCUGUCAAACAGCUGAAGCAGCAGUACUUGGCGGCCUUGCAGACCAACGAUGCACAGGAGGUCCUUCGGAUUCUGCACACGAGCAAGCUCGAUAUUGACACUGUGCUGGAGGUGGAGGACCCAAGGAUGGUCCUGGCUUCUUACAAACAAGGGUACUGGUUACCGGGCUACAAACUGGAGAAAUCCUGGGCGAUGGGUCUUCACGUUUGCAUGAUGUACAACGCUGUGGAAACUGCACUGGUACUCCUUGAGGAAGGUGCUGCCGUUAACCGAAUGCCCAACGGGAAGACGCCCUUGCACGUGGCCUGCGAGGUGUCCAACGCCGACUGUGUGGCUCUGCUGUUAGAGCACGGCGCAAAGGUCAACAGUCUGUCACUGAGCGGACACGCAGCGCUACACUACUGCAUCACCAAAGAGUCAGUGGAAUGUGCCAAGUUGCUCAUCCUGAAAGGUGCCAAAGUUAACGCCCCCAGCCACAACAACGAAGAAGACACACCGCUACACACCGCAGCCAGAUUUGGAAUCCCAGAGCUAGUGGCCCUCUAUUUAGCCCACGGAGCAUGUGUAGAUGGACUCAACUCUUUCCAAGAGAGCGCCCUGAUGACCGCCGCCUUUUGGGCCUUUGACCCCAAAGAACAAACCUACAGCCAAGAUCACCAUCUGGUCGCCCGCCUCCUGUUGGAUCACAAAGCAGAUGCCAACCUUCAAGAGGAGGACCAGAAAACUGCUCUUCACAAGGCAGCCUGGAACUGCGAUCAUAUCUUGAUGCAGAUGUUGCUAGAAGCCGGAGCAGGUACACGAGCCAUGGACAUGAACGGCUGUUCUCCCAUUCAGUAUCUCAUCAAAGUGACUGAUGUAAGGCACACGGCCUUACCUGAGAUCUGCUAUCAGCUGCUGCUCAACUACAACGCAGCUAGGAUCUAUCCACCACAGUUCCACAAGGUCUUGCAGUCCUGCCACGACUACCCGAAAGUUGUCGAGAUCAUGGUCAACUCUUAUGGACGUUUGAAGCCUACAAGAAAGUGGAGAACUGCCAUUCCUGAUGACUGCUAUGAGCGACAUAAGGAAUUCUACGACUCUUUGUACGCCGUUUGUACCAACACCCCUCGUAGCUUGCUGCACCUGACCAGAUGUGCCAUAAGAGGCAGUAUGGGCGGCGGCUGCGAAAGAGGUGUAGCUCAUCUCCCAUUACCAUCCAGCAUUAAGAGCUAUUUGUUGUUGAAACCUGAGGGGAUACUGUACUGACUCCUGGACAAAAGAGGAUGUGAACUAAGAACAUUCAAUACCAGUCGGGAGGAUGACAAGCCUUGUUACUUUCUCUUUACCUACCUGGCAACCAGCCUGCAGAUAUUUGCAAGAACAAACACUUGACAAACACAGUGGACUGCACUCAUACAUACAUAAGUAGGGACGUCAAGAGACACUCACUUCAUGGGACAGGACGAUACACGAGAAUGAGAUUUUAACAUGAAAAAAAGAGGUAGGAAAAAAAAUGAAAAAUACAUUACCUUGCAUUGCUCCUCACAAGGAUAUGCCACUGUGUAUGUCACUGGCACUGUCUUCACCGACCAAGAUUGUAUGACUGAAAAAGGGGUUCACUCCGUUCAUGCUGUUGUUCUACGGAAGAAACGCGUCAAGGUGCUGAAACCAAUGCGUGGAGUAUACCAUCUUCUUGCCUGUUUGGGGGUGAGAGAUGAGGAAAACAGACACGCAUGCACAUGGCAAUAUAUUGAACCCAGCAAAAAUUAUUGAGUUAAUUUUCAUUUAUGGUGUGUUCAAUUAAUUGAUCUAUGGGAAGCAUAAGCCUGCUGAAGGACUGACUGUUGCCUCAUGUAACAAACUGGUCUGUUUGCCAGGUAUUUGUACCGUAAAAAGGGUUGCUGACGCACUGACUGCAAAGUAAACCGCCAUGGGGCAAAAUAAAGUUCCGGUUGAUAGCAAUUUCUGAGAGAAACUAUUUAAUUAUUUAAUUAAUUAAAAAAAUUAAUUAAAAAUACCAGACGUCUGCAUCAACACUAAGUUCCAUCCUUUGUGUAAAACUCAAAUUAUUUCAUAUGUAAUGUAUUUCCUGCCCUGUGAUUGGCUGGCGACGAGUCCAGGGUGUACCCCGCCUCUCGCCCAAAGACAGCUGGGAUAGGCUCCAGCACCCCCGCGAGGAAAAAGCGGUAGAAAAUGAAUUAAUGUAUUUCCUGUGUAUUUUUGCGUGUGUUAAUAGAGUUGACCUUAUUUUCAAUGGAAAGGAAUUGGUAAAGUACCCAUUAUUAAUUCCUUCCAAAAGUAAACAUAAAUGUUGAAGAAAAAACAACUUUCAAAACUGUCCUAAAGUACCCUUGUGCUUGAGGUCCUUCAGGCAAAUACUUUUGGACUAGACUACAGUUGACAGAACAUUAUCUAUCUGGCUGGCGCUAUCAUGCAAAUAAUUGAUGUGAACAUAACCAGGUUGGGUCAUGACAUAACAGCCCACUAAUGAAGGGAGCAAACAUAGCCAGUGGACUGUGUCUGCUGCAUCUUCCCUAAUACACACUGUGAUGGCACGUAGCUCUAUGAAAUAUUUGCUUUAUCUAACUCUUGCCAAACUGUGUACGACGAAUCUGCUGGAGGAAAGAACAACACAUUGGAGCAGUGGUGUUUUUUUUUUUGUAUUUUCUUAGUUUUGUUAUUUUAUUUUUGGGGGGUUAGUGUUG